AUGAACUUGCAUCAGGACAACUUUGGCACCUUGAACCAAGAGUAUGAUAUCUGUUUGUUAGGUACGGAGAGCUCGGGCAAAACGUCGUUGGUGUUGUACUACAUUCAUAACCGUUAUAUUGAGGAGGAAAAUGCCCCUGAAGAUUUAUAUACAAAAGUGGUUCGGACGGGUCACAGCUACAACGAAGUCACUAUUCUCGACUUGAAUCCGCGGCAAGACAACUAUUCUUCUUCUAGGAAAAGACAGCUCAUGAACAAUUCAGGAAUGGUGUUUGCCUAUUCCAUCACAGACCACCAUUCUUUCCAUGACAUGGAGCAGUUGUAUGAGCAGGUGGUGGAGUUGCGUGGUGGAGAUCAGAUGCCCCCGGUGGUAGUUGUGGGCUUGAAAAGCGAUUUGGAGGAUGAGAGAAACGUCAGUUACGAGGAAGGGAAGCAGUUUUCUGAUCAAAUAGGGGCAUUGAAGUUCUUGGAAGCUAAUUCCCGAUGGGGCACAAAUGUGGACAAGGUGUUUGAGCCUCUUGCGGAGAUAAUCCGCCAGAAAAAGCUGUUUGGCAGACGGUUGUCCCAGGUGGCCAUUUCUCCUAGAAAGUCUCCGCUAGCUUCCACACCUGAAGGACUGCCUAGAAAAGCCAAAAAUCAUAUAGGAAGGAUAGAAGAGGAGGUGGUUAAAUCAGAAGAUUUUCAUUCCGCUGAGGUGGUUCCAGUGAAGCACGAGAGCCCCAGUAAAAAAGAUGAAAGCGUGAUGGAGCAGGUCCAUGAGGACACUAAAAACAGCUCCCGAUGUUGUGUUGUGAUGUGA